AUGAAACUUGUUAUUCUUGGAUUGUUUGUCAGUCUUGGUUGCCGUGUUCAUGGUGGUAUUAUGAGAUUUCCACCCGAGGCAGUCUCGUCGUCCGCUGCGAUGGACUCUAGUGGAUGGAAUAGAGUCAAAGUAGGAAAAGAAGAUGUUGAAUCCAAUCUUGAUCAAUCUACUUCUUAUCAAAGCUUUACUAAACCAAUCAUCAAAUCUGAUAAUGAUCAAAGAGAUUAUCAAAUCAUCAAACUCAACAAUCAAUUACAAGUCAUCUUGAUUCAUGAUCCUAAAUCUGAUAAAGCGGCUGCUGCUCUAUCUGUCAAUGUCGGUUAUCUCUCGGAUCCACCUCAAUUACCUGGUCUAGCUCACUUUUGUGAACAUUUAUUGUUCAUGGGCAACAAAAAAUAUCCUUCUGAAAAUGAAUAUGAAAAAUACUUGGCAAAACAUGCGGGUCAAUCAAAUGCGUCCACAAGAAUGGAUGUGACACUUUAUCAUUUUGAAGUUCAUCCAUCAGCUUUGGAUGGAGCAUUAGAUCGAUUUGCACAAUUUUUCAUAUCGCCACUAUUCACAGAAACGUGUACUGAAAGAGAAAUCAGAGCAGUAGAUUCAGAAAAUAGUAAAAAUUUACAAUCUGAUGCGUGGAGAUUACUUCAAUUAGAUAAACAUACUUCAUCACAUGAACAUCAUUCAUAUUGGAAAUAUGGUACAGGAAAUUUACAAACACUUUGGAAUCAACCAAUUUUGUUAGGAUUAAACAUUAGAGAAGAAUUAAUGAAAUUUCAUUCAAAACAUUAUUCUUCAAAUUUGAUGACUUUAGCCGUUUUAGGUAGACAUUCCAUUCAGGAAUUAACUCAAAUGGUACUACAACAUUUUUCAGAAAUUCCAAAUAAACAAAUAUUACCUGAUCAAUUUCAUGGUUCACCUUAUACAGAAAAAGAAUUACAAAAAAUCAUUUUUACUCAAUUGGUUAUAGACAAUAAUUUAUUAAUAAUCACUUUCCCUUUACCUGAUCAAGAUUUGUUUUAUGAUACUCAUCCUACCAGUUUCAUAUCUCAUUUUAUUGCUCAUAAAGGAGGUGGUUCGGUUACUAGUUAUUUCAAGAAAAAAGGUUGGCUGCGUAAUAUUCAAUGUGUUGGUGGUGGUGGUGCUGCUGGAUUUGAUUUCUUUAAAAUCACUUUAUAUCUGACUGGCGAAGGUUUAACUCAUUACAAAGAAGUAGUUCAAGUGAUCUUUGCAUACCUUGAUCUCUUGAGAUCAACACCACCCCAAGAAUGGUCAUUUCGAGAACAAUCUCAAUUAGCUGAAAUCCAUUUCCGAUUUAGAUCACAAUCUCAACCUGAUCAAUAUGCUGGCUCAUUAGCAAAUUCAUUAAGCAAACCAUGUCCACGUGAAAUGAUUUUUCAAGUUCAUAUUUAA